AUGUCCGACCACCUCCUUUCCCAGCUCUCUGCCCUCCAGGCCGUGGUGGCCGCCGACUGUCAGAUCCUACACGAUUCCCAGGACCCCGAAUUUCAGAAGCGCCUGGCUCGGUGGACCGAUAUCGACCGAAAAGUGCCAGCUGCCAUUGUCCUCCCGCGGUCGGAAGAGGACUGCGUGAAGACAUCUUCCAUUCCAUUCGUGGCUAAAAGCGGCGGCCAUAGCCCAUGGUCAACCAUCGGAGCUGAAGGGUUCAUCAUUGACCUCACUCUCUAUUCCGACGUGCGCGUGAAUCCGGAUGGGACGGCCACCAUAGUCGGAGGAAUUCUGGCCAAGCAAGUGUCCGUGUGUCUUGCAGAAGCAGGGUUGUUCACAGCACUCGGAAACGGUAACAGCGUCGGGGCCAUUCCUUACUUCCUCGGUGGCGGUGGUUCCAUCACGAACUCCAUCACCGGGUUCGGCUCAGAUCAGAUCUUGAUAGAGGUCACCGAGGAGACACGGUCGGACCUGCUCUGGGCCGUGAAGGGAGCUGGGCAGUUCUUCGGUCUUAUCACACAGCUCACGGUGCGAACACACUCCUUGUCGGCACUACGAAAGCAACAGGGCUUGGUCUGGGUUGGGGCCUUUGUCUACCCACUCGACCGGGCAGCAGAGGUGGUUCCAGUCAUGAAGCAAAUUAUGGAUGACCCCCGGCAUGCAACCGCUGGCCUCAUGAUGGCCAUUGCCCCGCCUCCUGCGCGUACCCCGUCCCUUGUGGUUUCCGCCCGGUAUACGGGGGACGAGGCUCCCGAGGUGCCAUUCAAAGCCUUGUAUGACCUGCAACCGGUUGCCACCACCGGGAGGGAUUUACCAAUUCAAAACGUGAGCGAUGAUCGAGAAGCGCUAUGCGCCAAAGGCGACUUUAAGCGCUUUGGCUUAGUAGGCCUGCACGAAUUCAGCGUUGAAGCGUUCCUCCAAGCCACCGAGGUCUGGAAGAGAUUGAUACAUGAAUGCCCAGAUGCGAUCAACACAACGUUCAAUGUCCAGUGGGACUCGCGGCCGGUCAAGACACCCGAGCGAGAAUCGGCCAUGUCUUCACAUGAUAUUCGUUACUGGCAGGUCAAUAUCAUCUGGCACACGGAUGUAAAGAAUCGUCGCAAGACCCGGUACGUCGAUUUUCAAAAUGCGACAAGAACAGGGCCUAUACAGCGACGAUACCGGGGAGAAGCUCGCUUGAAGAAGCUCCGGCAGCUGAAGAGAGUGUGGGAUGCCCAGGGCGUGUUUACGAGGCAGCUGCUUGAUUAG